UCACUGUAUUUUUUCCCCCUUUUUUUUCUUUCUUUUUGGUUUUGCUUUAUUAAAAAAUUAUCACAUCAAAACCUCAGUCGAGGAGAAGUCUAAAACUGUUCACUGAUAAUUUCACCUUCUUUCUCCCCUAACUCCGAUCUGAAAUUGUAAAAUUCCCCCAUUUCUCAUCACCCGCGUCGCUGCCUGUCGAAGAUUAUCCAAUAGUUAGCUACGGCCGCCGGCAAUUGCAGAUCUUCCGCACAGAAAUUGGAACCCUAUAAAAAUCCUAUUUGAUUCACUUUAAUUUCCGCCAUAACUAGUGAGAAAACAUACUGGGCAGCUUGGAGCUGAAAAUGAUUGCGCUAUUUUAGGGCGAAAUUGAGAAAAUUAGGAAACCCUUUCCACUCGGGGAAGCUUUUGUCGGUGUUGUUAUAAGGUGGUUGGGAUUUCUGGGCUUUGCAUUAACUGUCUGAGUGAUUGCGAGGAUGGCGUCCGAGCAGGCGGCUACGGAUGCCAUGUCGGAUUCGUAUCGGGGGAUGUCGUCCGACAAUAUAAAGGGGUUGGUUUUGGCGCUGUCUUCCAGUUUCUUCAUCGGCGCCAGCUUCAUUGUUAAGAAAAAGGGGUUGAAGAAAGCCGGGGCGUCCGGCGUCAGAGCUGGUGUUGGAGGGUAUUCAUAUCUAUACGAGCCAUUAUGGUGGACUGGCAUGAUAACGAUGAUAGUUGGAGAAAUUGCAAAUUUUGCGGCUUAUGCGUUCGCACCAGCUAUUCUGGUUACUCCCCUUGGUGCACUCAGCAUUAUUAUCAGUGCUGUACUUGCACAUGUUAUUUUAAGGGAGAGACUGCACAUUUUUGGUAUUCUUGGUUGUGCUUUAUGUGUGGUGGGCUCCACCACAAUUGUCCUACAUGCUCCACAAGAACGUGAGAUUGAAUCCGUGAAAGAAGUAUGGGACCUUGCAACUGAGCCAGCUUUUGUCUUCUAUGCAGCUCUCGUGAUAGCAAUUGUCGUCGUUCUAAUAUGGCAUUAUGUACCUCAAUAUGGCCAGACACAUAUAUGGUUCUAUAUUGGUGUUUGUUCAUUGGUUGGUUCAUUGUCGGUAGGUGUUACUUUUCUAGUCCUCUUAGAUCCUGCCUACAUGAAAAAUUAUAAUGGAGAUUACUUUUCAGUUCUAAAUGAAUGUUCAAACUAUGUAAAAUUCCCUUGGCAGGUAAUGAGUGUCAAAGCACUGGGAAUUGCUUUGAAGCUGACCUUAUCAGGAACAAAUCAGCUAACAUAUCCACAGACAUGGGUCUUUGCGAUGAUUGUCCUUUCUUGUGUUCUCACUCAGAUGAAUUACCUAAAUAAGGCCCUUGACACUUUCAAUACUGCUGUGGUUUCACCAAUUUACUAUGUCAUGUUCACAUCCUUAACUAUCGUGGCUAGUGUGAUCAUGUUCAAGGAUUGGGACAGGCAGAAUCUGACUCAGAUUGUCACAGAAAUGUGCGGCUUCGUGACUAUACUAUCUGGAACCUUUCUUCUCCACAAGACAAAAGACAUGGCUGAUGGUUGCACGGCGGCAAGACUUGCAAAGCAUGACAAUGAGGAUAGUUUUGUAGAAGAAGGUAUUCCUCUAAAGCGGCAGGAUUCAUUGAGAGCAACAUGAUGUAUGCUCUCUCUUCUUCUUCUUCAUCUUUUUUAUUCGAUUUUGUAACUGCCUGUCAAAAGCAAGCUCAGAAAAAUCUCUCCUCGGAGAAGAUAUCGCACGAUGCAUCAUCGAUCUUGUAUUUUAAUAGUAGAUACUGGACCGACCUCAAUCCCAGAUUGCUCUUUAGCUUUAUUUUUUCUCAUCUUGGAUUUCGUUUGUCGCGAUACGGUACAAUGGGAUGCAAUUUUGUGUGAAUAACAGGGAAGUGGAUGAGAUUCA